UGUGUACUGUUAUGGUGUCAAUGACUUCAAGAAAUAUAUCGUCGACCUAUUUUCGGCUGGUUUAUUUUGAGAAUUCUUCCUAUUUUAUCGUAGUUCCGGGUUGCUGUGUGCUUUAAUUAGAAUCAGCGAGCUUUAUACCACCAGCUUCUCUUCAUUUGCAACGAUUAAUUGAUUGCCCGGUUAUGGUGUACAAUUGAGUGCUACAUUACUAAAAUAAUUAUUACCGCAUUCGUGGUGUACCUACUCAAAUAUUUAAAGAAUAAUUUAUCAGCAAUAAUCACAAAUGCAGAACAAUUUAGGGAAGAUGAUAACUGAGCAGUUGAGAAAUCCGAAUGAGUUGGACAUCAGUCUCCGCAUGGAGUUCGGACCUUUUGAAACUGUACACAAAUGGAAAAGGAUGUCGGAAUGCUAUGAGUUUGUUGGGGCCAGGCGCAGUAAACAUACAGCCGUAGCGUACAAAGAUGCUAUCUAUGUGUUUGGAGGCGAUAAUGGCAAGUCCAUGCUGAAUGAUCUGAUUAGGUUCGAUAUCCGGGAGAAAUCGUGGACGAAAACUGGAUGCAUGGGCAUCCCACCAGCACCCAGAUACCAUCAUUCUGCAGUGGUGCAUCGGUCGUCAAUGUUCGUAUUCGGCGGUUACACGGGCGACAUAUUAGCGAACUCCAACCUGACCAAUAAGAACGAUCUCUUCGAGUACAAGUUCCAGAGCGCACAGUGGGUGCAGUGGAAGUUUAGUGGACAGGAGCCAGUACCUCGCUCAGCACACGGCGCGGCAGUGUAUGACGACAAGCUGUGGAUAUUCGCUGGUUACGACGGGAACGCGCGUCUUAAUGACAUGUGGACUAUAAACUUGUUGGGUGAAACGCGGCAAUGGGAGCGAAUAGAACAGAAGGGGCAGUGUCCCCCUACGUGUUGCAACUUCCCAGUGGCAGUGGCGAGAGGGAAAAUGUUUGUGUUCAGUGGACAGAGUGGAGCUAAGAUCACUAAUGCUCUCUUCCAAUUCGAUUUUGAGACGCAUACGUGGAGCCGCGUGUGCACGGAGCACCUGCUGCGCAGCGCGGGCGGCGCGCCGGCGCGGCGCUACGGACACGUCAUGGUGGCGCACCGGGCGCAUCUCUACGUCUUCGGGGGCGCCGCCGACAACACGCUGCCCAACGACCUGCAUUGCUACGACCUCGAUACGCAGAUAUGGUCAGUAAUCCAGCCAGCCAACGACUCUCAGAUCCCGUCAGGCCGACUGUUUCACGCGGGCGCAGUAGUAGGAGACGCGCUCUAUAUCUUCGGGGGCACUAUAGAUAAUAACGUCAGGAGCGGGGAUCUGUUCCGGUUUCAGCUGUCGAACUAUCCUCGCUGCACUCUGCACGAUGACUUCGGUCGCAUUCUGAAAUCCCAUCAGUUCUGUGACAUACAAAUAUUGGUGGGCCCAGAGAAGACGCCCAUAUUAGCUCAUCAAGCCAUCUUGGCGGCCCGGUCGCAGUAUCUACGUGCUAAAAUUAAAGAAGCUCGCGACGAUCUAACGAAGCGUAUCGCAGCGGGCGAGGAAGAAGCGACAGAAGUAUGUUCGUACAAGUGCCCCCCACAACUCUGUGUGUUGCUACCUGAAGCCACGCCUGAAGCAUUCCACAUGGUGCUCAACUAUAUCUACACCGACAGAAUCGAUCCGACUGAGAAAGACGAAGACCCAGAAUCUCCAGCAACGGUCCUCCUAGUGAUGGAAGUCCUCCGCCUAGCGCUGCGACUGAGUAUCCCCCGCCUCAGGGGUCUGUGUGCGAGGUUCCUCCGCGCCAACCUGUGUUACGGCAACGUGUUGCAGGCGCUACACGCUGCACACCAUGCCUCGCUGUCUUGUAUUAAGGAGUAUUGUCUCAGGUUCGUAGUAAAAGACUACAACUUCACCCCGAUAGUGAUGUCGAAGGAGUUCGAGGAGAUGGACCAGGGUCUGAUGGUGGAGAUCAUACGCAGACGACAACAGCCACAGUCUAAGCAAGCUAACGGGGCCGCGCAACAGGAAUAUGAGGAGGAAAUUAUUGGCACCACCCUGGAGCAGGACAUGUCGGUGCUGCUGGGCGGCGGCGGCGAGCUGUCGGACGUCCGGCUCCGCGUGGGCAGCGCGGCCCGCCCCGCGCACCGCUCCGUGCUGGCCGCGCGCGCCGCCUACUUCGAGGCCAUGUUCCGCUCCUUCUCGCCGCAUGACAAUAUCGUCAAUAUACAAAUCUGCGACACGGUGCCAUCAGAAGAGGCGUUCGAUUCCCUGCUGCGGUACAUUUACUACGGAGACACAAAUAUGCCCACUGAAGACUCGCUGUAUCUAUUCCAAGCUCCCAUAUAUUACGGUUUCACAAACAACCGUCUCCAAGUAUUCUGCAAGCACAACCUGCAGAGUAACGUGUCCCCAGAGAACGUCCUCGCCAUACUACAGGCCGCAGACCGCAUGCGGGCUACCGACAUCAAGGAGUACGCGCUCAAGAUGAUCGUCCACCAUUUUGGAUUGGUCGCACGACAGGACGCCAUCAAAAACCUAGCGCAGCCACUUCUAGUGGAUAUAAUAUGGGCGUUGGCUGACGAACCAAACUUCGACGCCCCCCUCCCGGUCCAACCCAGGUCCUUGCCAUCAUCGUCGUCCGCAGACACACUCACUGACGAUCCAGAGUUCUACGCCAGAUUCCGAUGUGGAAAGUCUUAAAUGGUAAUUAAUAUAAUCACACUAAUAUUAUAAAUCUGAAAAUUUCUUUGUUUAGAUGUUUGUCCGUCAAUCACGCUGAAACUACUGAACGGAUUUUGAUUAAAUUUGAUAUACAGGCAGGGUAUGGGCUGACUUAGGUGAUAGGAUACUAUUUAUCCCGAUUAAUUGUUUCUAUGAGAUAAAACAAGAAUCAUAUUCUUCGCGGACAAAGUCACGGGCAAUAGCUAGUAAUAUUAUAUUAACAUGAGCUCUUGACUGGUGUACGCUUGUAUGAUUGUGAUGUAAGCUAAACAUAGUCUAAAGAAUUAGUGGAAUUAUUUGCCAGUCUGUGUUUCCUGAGAAGUGCCUUCAAGGCCCGAGUGAAUAGGUUGCUUAUGGAACGACGUGCUCCAUCGCA